AUGAAGGUGGCGGCGCUGGACCCGGGCGCCCUUCUCGCCAAGCUUCGCCGCGUCCCUGCUGUCCCCAGUCCGCGCCCCAAGUCCGGCGGGGCUUGCGCCCCGGGCAGGGCGGUGCCGCUGAGGGGAGCGGGCGGCCGCCCCCCGCGGCCGGUACCCGCCGCGGUGGACAGGGAGUCGGGAGGGCGGGCAGGCGCCAAAGGACUGUUCAUCACCCUGCCUGACAUCGGGGAGGAGGCGGCGGCGGAGAGCGACGGCGACGAGGUGGCUUGCAUCCCGCCGCGCCCCGGGAAGGGACUGUCCAGAGGUUCCACAAAUCAAUGUCUUUCUGGAAAAAGUGGAGAAUCUCUUCCAGCAGUUUUUGAGGAAAAUGUGCAGGAAGCCAUCGACAAUUAUACUUGUGAAACACUUUCGUCAUUUUCAUCUAGUGGCUGUACAACACCCACAGAGCUGAAUAAUUCUUGGUCUGGGAUAAACAGCUAUACUACUGGCUUGUCUACUGAAAGAAGCUCAGUUUACUCCUGGAGGGAUGAUGAAUUUGAUAAAGCCAACACACAGAGAGUGCAUGAGUUACUUUGUGAGAUUGAUGAAUUGCUGUUUGAAGGAAAAGUGACCUCUCAAACUCAGAGCCUGCAGGCAGAAUGUGCAGACUGGACUGAACAAUUUCCUCAUAUAAGGGUUCUGGGAAAGCAGCUCCUACUGCCAAAGGAUGAAGGCUUUCAGCAUUUUCAGAGCAGAAGCGAUACCUGUGUGGACACAAAGUGUUUAUCUGACCUCCAUGAAUGUACUAGUAAUAUAAAACAGCUCUGCAUUUCAGGCUCUAAAUUGAUCCCAGCACCAUCUCCAAUACGUAAAUCACUGGAUCCAAGUUCUGCUAGGAUUUCUGACUCUGACUCAUCCAUAUAUUCAUUCCUGGAGGAAGAAAUUUAUGAUGUGGAUGGAAAAAUAGAAGAAUAUCUUGCCUUUGACAACAAGGAGCUUGAUGAUGAGGACUGGGAACAAAAGAAAAUACAUCUUGUUGAGAAGAGGAGCAAGCAUGGCAUUCCCCCUGUUUCUCCUGAUGCCUGUAUGAAAGAUGCUGUGGCUUCUGAAGUAUUUGAUUGUAUCUGGAGCAAUGUAAUUGGAAUAUUGGAGGAACUAAUUAAAAAAAAAUGGGAAGUUAGUAUCCCAGAAUCUGGCAAACAGGUGGAAAAACUGAAAACUGUUACAGCAAAACUGCCACAUUUACCAGUUGUUCGUCUUGCAACAGGUGCUGGGAGCAUUCCUCUUUCCAGAGGCUCUCAAGCACGAACUGUAUCUUUUGGGUCUCACUUUGUUUCCUCACAGGUUCAUCGUUUCUCCAGCAACUUUUGUAGUGACCUGAAUGGUGUGAUGACAAUUCAAGCAAAACCACUCCAACAGAGGCAUGUUGCCACAGUAGAAAAAAUACAGAAUGAGCAAGAAGAAAAACAGUAUAGCAUUGGCUCCAGUGCUCCAAAUUCAGUGCAUACUAGGCCGGGGAGAAUUGCUGAUAAGAGUGUUCUCUCAUCAUCUCAAGUACUGCUGGCAUCUUCUAAGAAGCUACCAAGCCAUUGUAGGUUGCCUUCUCUCACUUCUGACCAACUCUCCUCAAAAGCUCCUAAUAUGUACAAUGAUGAAAUCCUUAGGGGGACUAAAUUGGUUGCCAGCUUAGAUCAUUUGUCUUCUGCUCGUGCAUCUACAACCUGGAGCAGGUUGCCACCAAUAAACUCAGAGGCUGUUGAACAGUAUCUUUCAGUACCCCGACUGCAACUAAGCUCUCAUCGAGGACGAUACGGUCGUAGCAGAGUGUCAAGUGCAGUGCCUGGCAGUACAGAGCUUCAGCCACUCAGAGAAAGAACUGUGAUUGAUCAAUUUUCAAGGCCCAACACAACUCAUGCAUUCAGGGCAGACACACCUCAGAAAAGAUCUCUGACUACUGUGGAUUUUCCUAACCACAGAGGGACAGGUCAAGGAUCUCUAAUUGGCUCACAGCAUUACUACAGAUCCUUUCAGAGAAAUACUCCAACGUCAAGGAAGAGAUUUCAGAUUUAUUCUUAACACACCUUAGGAAGAAAGAGAAAGCCCCUGCAAU